AGCAUUUCAGGAGUCCUUACAUAUGGGAAGACGCAUUCGGCCAUCCUUGAGUUAGCGGGCUCGCUGAGGAAACGGACGCUGUCCCGGGGAAUGAGCGAGGACGAGUCUCUGCAGCACAUUAUCAGAGACGCAGAAGAAUCGAGCAGACACCUGUCACGCAGUGAUAGCAGAUAUGGAUCAUUAAAACGAGGACAAAGACAAGAAAGCAAUAGUGAAGAUGAUCUACAUUCUGAAAACCUGGAAACUAUGGAGCUGAGAGCCAGCUACGAGGACUGUCUGCAGGAGGUGCACACCCUGGAGGCUCUUCUGUUCCAGGUGGACUGUCUUCAGGACGCCCUCGAGAGCACGGAGGAGAUGCUCGCUGAGACCCAGAGAGACAACCACAGUCUCACCAUGGAACUGGAGCGAGAACGAGCGAUGAGGAGGACGUCGGAGGACAUCAUUGCCUCAUUAAAGCGGGAGCUGGAGAGGUCACGAGAGGAGAGAACUCGUGAGCAGCGUCAGUGGAUGGAGGGGACGUCAGUGGACUGGGACGAACAGCCGCUCGCACACACUGCAGAGGAUCUGAACACAAGCCCGUUUCUCAGUCUGAAGCACGAAGCUCAGGGCGCAGAGGAUACCGAUGAAAGCAGCGGAUAUGAAGACGCUCCGUGUGAGUUGUCGCCCAGUCCUUCCACUCCAGACACACAGCCGGACACAGAAGAGGAGGGUGACCGGACCAGUGACUCCAAAAACACAGAUUCUUGUGCUCUCUCUUAA